GGCACCGCGUUCUUCUUAGGGUCGAGUUAUCCGAUCCUUUGUCGAUAGCAACGUGAAGAAACAUGGCCAAACCCUCCAAGCUUGAGCACGUCACAAAAGUCGUUGAUCCUCAGGAGCUAUAUCGAGUCAUCAGUCAAGCGUCGUCCCAAAACCCUGCCGAAGUCCGCGCGUCGAGUAAACGCGUCGAGGAAUUGUUGGACUACUUUGGGACUUUCGAUGGUUUACAUGAGAUCGCCGCCACCCGAUCAGUACCGCUGCCUGUGAGGAAGCAAAGCAUUAUUCAAUUCAAAAACAAGGCAUUGAAUCACUGGAGAUCACGGAAACUUUUAUCAGACGAGCAACGAGUUAGGAUUCGGUCACGGUGUAUGACCUUUUUUGAUGAGGAAGAUGAUACGAUUGUGGAGUGUAAUGAAGUAAUCGUUGCGAAAAUUGCUCGCCAAGAUUACCCCAUGCACUGGCCUUCCCUGCUAGCCGACAUCAUGGAUGUUAUUCGCACAAAUCUUGAAGUCCUCUGUGGUUCUCCCAACGGCGACCCGCGGUCAACCCUUGCCCUUCGCAGGGGUCUCGCACUUCUCAACAGUGUUCUGAAGGAGUUCAGCGGUGUCAAGCUACUGGCUGGCGUGAAAACAAUGGUUCAUAUCAUCGAUCAACUGCAUGAAGUGAUGUUCGCUUACUACUCCAAACUGUCGUCAAUGAUUUCCGCACUCGUGCCGCUAGCGCUCAGUGAUCAGCGCACCGCUGACAAUCUCAUCGUGGCUCAUUUCACCUAUAAGUGUCUCGUAAAAAUGGCUCUGUGGCUCUGGCCUAGACUCGCUCAGCCUGAUGGCGGCUUUGCGAAACUUGAGCCUUGGUUCUUGCAACUUUUCCAGAGUUCAACCGGACAAUUGAAGAUACUGUCUGAACUUCGAAUCAACCUCGUCCUUGCCUUGAGAACAUCCGGACCAUCAGAUCGUCUCACCCUUUUGUCCGUUGACAGACUGACCCGUCAUGUCCGCGUUUUUGGGAAAUUUUUCCGCAGACUACAACAACUUAAACCAGAUAAAUUUGUUCAGCUUCCCACAGGUAACGAAAUCGUCCUUUACUAUUGGGAUAGAGUUGUGCAAGCCACCAAUGGUCCGCCAGAGCUAAUUCAAGACGCUCCAACGGCGGUUUUCCCGGUGCGUUUUCUCCUCCAGGCCAUGGUCUUGUUCAAGGAAAAUCUCUCGAGAUGGACGCCGUUUCGCAAAGGUGGCCCAAAAACCGAGACUACUCUUUCGCAAGAGUUUGUCGAGGAUGCCGUCCGGCUUCUCGUGACACGUUUCAUCCCCUUGAACCUGGCAGAUCUCGAGGGUUGGAUGUCUGAUCCAGAAGAGUGGGUCAAUCUAGAAGACAAAGAAAACGAUCAAUGGGAGUAUGAAUUGCGACCAUGCGGUGAACGCGUCUUGAUGACUCUGUCAUCGCAAUACAAGGUUUAUGUCACGCCACUACUCGAGACAACCUUCAAGCAGAUAAUUGCGCAACCAACGGUUGAUUCGGCAAGUGUCAUACAAAAAGAAGCUCUCUACUGUGCUAUCGGACGCUGUGCGACUCACCUACAAGAGGUAAUUCCUUUCAGCCAGUGGUUGCAACAUAACCUCCUCGCAGAAGCAAGGGAGACGAACCAAUACUAUCCGAUCAUCAAGCGCCGUAUAGCAUGGCUUAUUGGAAAAUGGAUUAGCGAUAUGUGUUCACCAGCCAACGAUCCUAAUGUUUGGGACAUCCUGCUCCACUUGCUGCGAGACAGAGGUGCCGGCACGGAUUCGGUUGUUCGUUUGACUGCCGCCACAGCCUUGCGGGAGUGUGUCGAUACUGUCCAUUUCGACAUCGAUGUCUUCGCACCUUACUUGCCUACUGCGGUUACUGAACUCUUAAAACUUAUGGGCGAAGCUGACACAAUGGAAGCGAAACAACGUCUAGCCAAGAGUCUCAACGUGGUGAUCGAACGCGCGGGUCCUCGAAUUAUACCACACGCACAAAUGAUUUCAGAAGGCAUCCCUCAGUUGUGGACUGCUGCGGGCGAGGAGUGGUUAUUCAAAGCUCAACUCUUGGUUGUCGUGACAAGUCUAGUCUCGGCGACGAAGGAGCAGCCGUCUUUAAACAGUCUUAUUGUCCCCCUUGUCCAAGAAGGUCUUUCUCAAGGCGUUGCUAUCAACCUCGAUGAAGAUGCGCUUAAUCUCUGGCUUGCCGCCGUUCGCAACUCAUCAUCGUUGGGCUAUGCUGGUGGACCCGGUCUCGUCGACCUGGUCCCUCUAGCAGUCUCUCUGUUGUCAGACAAUCUAGAUUUGCUUGGAAAAAUAGUGUCUAUAGUCGAGUCGUGUUUGUUUGUCGACGCUCCUGCCGUCUUGCAGAGCUUUGCCCAACCGCUAAUGAAUGCUUUUGUAAAGGCACUUACAGGCCAGGCCAUAAUGACCAAUCAGAAAGACAUACUGGUUUGUCUCCAGUUCCUAACUCAGCUAGCGCCCGCUACGCUUUGGGGCCAAGCCAUGCAUUUUGCUGGUUUGUUUAGUCACGUUGUUGAACUUUUGAAUCACGACGAGAGCUCUCCAAGUUUGCUCACCGAAUGCAUAUAUCUGCUCGCAAGGAUCGCCCUAGCAGACAGACAGAUGUUUUUGCAGCUUGUAUCAGCAACAGCGGAGACUAUGAAUCUCUCUGAAGCUAAAAUCUGGGAAGCAGUGCUGGACCAUUGGUGGCGGCAGUUCGACCAUAUGUCGGAGCCUCGUCAUCGCAAACUAGCUGCCCUUGGCAUUGCGUCUCUCGUAUCAACCGGUCGUCCUGAAGUGCUUGAUCGCUUACCGAACGAGAUCUUCAACCUCUGGACAGACGUGUUCUUUGAGGUCAAAGAGAGCAGGAGCUUGGCUGAAAAUGAGGAUGCCAGCCCUUUGACACUCCACUGGGACCUUGAUCAAGUACCGCAGUCGUACUAUGCAGGUUCUGAAACUACCGUCGAGUUUGAUCGUCGAAAAAUGUUCCUAGACAAUGAUCCUGUUCGCAUCACGCAGCUCACUAAUUAUGUGGCUGCAGCAUUACAGGAAGCUGAGCGCAACUGCGGGGGCAUUCAUAUCUUCAAUCAGUAUAUAAACAAGACAGAUCCCACUUUGCUCAAACAACUCCAGAAUGAACUUCAGACGCAGGAAUGAAGGAACGAGAGGGGGCGUCACAACAUAUUUUAUUCUCAUCACAUCCCUAGUUGUACAAUCUUACUAGAUGCUUCAUGUUUGUGCGUCGCUGUAAUUAAUAUCGCGGUUUCUUAAUUGAGAUCACAGUGAAUUUGAGUAU